AUGGUGGAAAUGGUAAGAUUUAAUGAGCACCAUAAACGUCGUCAUAUGUCUUUGUCGACAAUAAAUCUAAAUUUAACUAUCAAUGCUGUCUAUAAUAAACUUAAUCGACAUGCAUUAAAUAUAAAUAAUACACGUAUAAUUAGUAUUGAACCAUAUAAUAAAGUUUGGUUUUCAAUUGUAAAUGGAACAGUUUAUGCAUUACCAUUAUUUGGUGAUUAUUCAGGACCAUUUAAAAUUCAUAUUGAAAGUACAAAUUUUAUUGAAUUAAAAUUAAAAUUUCAUUUUUCACCAUCAUCAUCAUUAUUUUCACCAUCAAAACAUCUUUUACUUGCUUUAUUUAAUAUAUCAUCAAUAAAUUUUAAUAAUUCAUCAUUAAAUCGUUUUUUUAUUAUUCAAACAUUAUCAUUAGCAUUAAAUUUAAGUGAUGCAUUAUUAACAAUACAUAAAAUAAAUGGUUCAAUGAUAAAAGUUUAUUUUUCAUGUGAUUUAUAUACAUCAAAAGAUCUUCCUUAUCAAAUACAAACAUUAAUUAAUUAUUAUUAUUCUAAACGUUUAGAAUUAAUGACAGAUUUUUCUUUACCAUUAAUUGAAAUUUCAAUUGUUCGUUUGUCCAAACAAAUAACAACAACAACACCAAUUGUUGAAAUGAAAAAAGCAUUUAUGACAAUGCGACCACAUUUAUUUAAUAAUCAAACAAUUAUUCCUUUAAGAAAUAAUCUUUUUUUAUUUGAUCAAUUUUAUCAACCACUUGUUAUUGUUCCAUUAACAAUAAUUUUAAUGGGUUUAUUAAUUUGUACAAUAAUUGCAUUUUGUCUUUGUUGUAAUCGUAGUAUAUCAUCAUCAUCAACAUUACUUUUAUCAAAUGGUUCAUAUAUUAAUCCUAAUACUAAACAUUUAUAUCAAAAUUACUCAUAUCAACAACAUCGACAACAACAAGAAAUUUAUAGAAAAAAACAUUAUUUAAAAGAUCAAAAACAAUUUAUUUCUAAAGGCAUUCCUGUAGUAUUUGCUGAAGAACUUGAAGAAAAAUUAGAACAAACACAUACACCAUUAGUUAUGCGAAUUGAAAAAGCACAAUUUUACAAUGAACAACAAAAAAAUGAUAUAGGAAAAAUAUGUUUUAAUCAACAACAACAACAAAGAUCAAUUCAAACAUCUACAUAUCAUUUUGCUAGCGUUGAAGAACAAGUAAAAGAACAACAAAAACGAAAUGAAGAAGUACAAGAUAUGCCAGAAUUAGUUCGUGAUUUUCUUGAUCCAGCUGAAUUUUUUAAACAAGUAAAAUCAAUCUGUGGUAUUAAUUUUUUUUGUGGUGUACCUGAUUCAUUACUUAAAGAUUUUUGUGCAUAUGUAACAGCAAAUGUUCCAUCUCGCCAUCAUAUUAUUACAGUAAAUGAAGGUUCUGCUAUUGGUCUUGCUUGUGGUUCAUAUAUGGCAACAGGACAACCUUCAUUAGUUUAUUUACAAAAUUCUGGUCUGGGUAAUAUUGUUAAUCCUAUCAUGUCUCUUGCAACACCAGGUGUUUAUAGUUUACCAAUGUUAUUAUUAAUUGGUUGGCGUGGUGAACCAGGUAAACGAGAUGAACCACAACAUCGUAUUCAAGGACCUGCAACACCUGGUGUUCUUGCUGCACUUGGUAUUCCUUUUCAACCAUUGCCAGAUUUUCAUGAUGGUGCUGGUCAAGCACUUGAAACAGCUAAACGUUAUAUGGAAACAGCAAAAGGUCCAUAUGCAUUACUUGUUAAACGGCAAACAUUUUUACCAUAUCAAUUACCGAAAAAAACCGGAAAUCUAGACGCUGAAUUAAGUGUAACACGUGAAGAAGCAUUAGAAUGUGUUAUUAAUCAUUUUCAACAUCGUGAUGUUGUUGUUGGUACAACUGGAAUGCUUAGUAGAGAAUUAUUUGAACUUCGAAUGAAACGUCAUGAUGGACAUGAACGAGAUUUUUUAACUGUCGGUGGAAUGGGUCAUGCAUCAUCAAUAGCAUUAGGUAUUGCUAUUCAAAAACCAAAUCGAACUGUAUAUUGUUUGGAUGGUGAUGGUGCUGUUUUAAUGCAUAUGGGUGUUUUAGCAAAUAUUGCUGCAACUACACCAUCAAAUUUCAAACAUAUUGUAUUUAAUAAUGGUACACAUGAUAGUGUUGGUGGUCAACCAACAGUUGCUGGUAAUUAUAAACAAUUUUCAUUUAGUCGUGUAGCUCAAGGCUGUGGUUAUAAACAUGUAAUGAUAGCAACAAAUGAAAAUGAAAUAAAUGAAGCAAUGAAAAAAAUUCGUACAAUUAAUAAUGAUGGUCCAGUUUUACUUGAACUUCGUAUUAAAACUGGUCAUAGAAAAAAUUUAGGUCGACCAACACGAUCAACAAAUGAGAAUAAGAAAGAUUUUAUGCACUUUUUACAACUCAGUUAA